AUGGCUGAUCCACGCCAUCAGUUUGAAGCCUUGCAGGACCGCCACUUGCGAGGUUGCCUACUGCGUUUGCUCAACAUAUGCGAUUCCACUGGAUUUCUGGUCAAGCUGUGGAAAGAGAUGGCAAACGCUUUCGAGCCGGAUGGACGAGAGAUGUAUGUGGACGCAUGGCUUCCCCGUAUCACUGGCCUCAUCCGAUAUCUGCUCGAAGGGCUCGGCUUGCCGGACGACAACCGUGAUCGCACGACCAUGGCUUUGGAACUACUCGCCUACAAGGCACAAUGUCUUACCUUCUUGGGUUACACUCGCCCAAGGUUUACCUACUACCCAUUUGUGCUACUCUCACGAAACAUGGUACAAAUUGCACGCAUAUUCCCUCGCGGUGUCAUCCCCGAUCCGAUCCUUUGGCGCGCCUUAAUCUGCUUCGAGAGCCUAGGGAGAUCGGAUGCGAACGUUGCAUUCUGCGAUCUUCAACAAUGCGACGAGCUUAUGCUGACUCGAAGCACUGAUCCAAAUCCGGGCGAGAGAAGGUCUUACCAUAAGAUCGUGGAUGGAUAUGCCGGACGCAGCACCACAGAUACGCACCAGAAUUGA